AUGGCGUUUCGGCCAGGCGGCUAUUCCAUGCCUUUUCAAUCGUAUGGAGCACCUAUAAUGUUCGGCCAAAUGCGAAUGCCGACAGCCGCACCGAAGCAAAUGGAGCCAAUGCCUGUAUUUGUGGGAAAUAUUUCUGAAAAAUGUUCAGAAGAAUUUUUGCAAAAAAUGCUAGAGGAGUGCGGAAAAGUAUCAAGUUGGAAACGAGUUCAAGGGACAAAUGGAAAACUUCAAGGUUUUGGCUUUUGUAAUUUCGCAGAGCCUGAAGGUACAUUACGAGCUCUCCGUAUAUUAAACGAUUUUCAUCUCGGCGAUAAAAAGUUAACUGUGAAAGCUGAAGAAAAGGUUAGGAAAGAGCUUCGAAAUUGGUCUAUAAGUCAUAGGAGGGCACUUGGCAAGAAAGACAUAAAAUUACAAGAUAAUGAGCUUCCUGCUGAUGAAGACGAUCUUAAGAAAGACGAAGAAAUUCGACUAAAAAUACUGAAUUGGAUCGAAAAUGAUUAUCCGGAAUUGUUAACACUCGCCGAAGAUGGAGAAAUAUCGGAGAAAGAAGCCAAGGACAAAAAAGAAGAGAAACAGCGCAACAACGGUGAUCGUAAAAAGCUUGAUCGAGAGAAACGACGAAGGUCGCGAAGCAGAAGCGAAGGGAGGAAGAGGUCCAGAAGUCCGGCGACACCGAGAAAUAAGAGAUCUCGUAGAAGUCGCUCUGCUUCUAGUUCCUCAACUGCCAGUAGAUCGUCGAGCACGUCGGAAAGUGGGUCGUCUGACUCGUCAAGAUCCCGUUCACCUAUUCGUAACAAAUCGUCAAAACGUAGAAGAGAUCGUAGCGGAACUAGAAGCUCUGAAGAUAGCGAUGAGGCCAGGGAACGUCGUGCCAUACGUCAUCAGGUAAAAGAAAAGGAAGUGGCUUAUAUGCAACGAUUACAUCGAUGGGAAGCAAGGGAAAAACAAAGAGCCAAAAUGUAUGAGAGAGCUGAGAGGAAGGAGAAGGAGAGAAAGAAAGAACUUCAGAAAGAAGCAAAAAGAUUACGACACUUCUUGGAAGAUUAUGAUGAUGAGAAAGACGAUCCUAAAUAUUACAAAAGUUCGUCGUUGUUCCAACGAAAACGCGAUUUCGAAAAGGAGCGGGAGGCUGAUCAGAAGGAUCGGCUGCGCGAGCAACACGAAAUUGAGGAGCUUAAGAAACAGAUUCUUGCUGAAAACUCGACAAAUUCCAUCGAUGUUGAAGAAGAGGCACGAAAGCGACACCAGCGAAAGGAGGAGGAAGCAUUGCGAAAGUAUCGUGGAGACAGUGGAAGCCCGAAUCCGCACAAACCACUUGGACAUUCUGAAGUUGUUCCGCGCGAAGAGAGCUCAUCUAGUGAAGAUGAAGGAAGUAGCGAUGAGGAGAAGACAAAUGAUGAGCCGGCGGAAGCAGUAGAAACCGCGACACCGGGCGAAUUCUCGCAAAAACCAAAUGGCGGAUGGAAAGCUAUUGGUGGAAUCGGUGAAGAGCAGAUGGAUAUUGCAAGGCCUCCUCCCAGACGAGAUAGCCCGCAAGUCGGCAUAAGUUCAGUUCAACCAAUUGCCCAAAGACUUAAUGGUGUUUUUGGUAAUGAUGAUCCAGAAGAAGAUGAAAUUUAUAAACGGAAGAAGCUGAAACCAUUCCAAAUUACCCGCGAAGAACGCAUGCAGGUGAUGACGGCUGAGGAGAAAAAAGAGCUAACUCGUGGAAUUAUUAAGAAAAUUCCUACUUCUAAAGAUGAAUUAUUUGCAACCCCAAUUGAAUGGGAUUUCAUCGACGCGGCAGCUAUGGAGCAGAGGGUCAAACCAUGGGUUGCGAAAAAGGUUCAAGAAUUUCUUGGAGAAGAGGAAAAACAAUUGGUCGAUUUUAUUUGCGAAAAAAUUGAAGCUAGAACUCCACCGGAUCAAAUCCUUAAAGAUAUUGCUAUGAUCAUUGAUGAUGAUGCAGAUAUGUUUGUUGUAAAAAUGUGGAGAUUACUAGUGUUUGAAGGUCAAUCGCGAAAACUUGGAAUAAAUCCGUAA